AUGGAGGCACUCGCCGAUGAGCUUGAGCGCGACUUCAUCCUGCUUGGUGCGACGGCCAUCGAGGACCGUCUGCAGGACGGCGUGCCCGAGACGAUUGCCGACUUGAAGCGGGCAGGCAUUAAUAUCUGGGUCGCCACUGGUGACAAGCUCGAGACUGCCAUUGCAAUUGGAUAUAGCACGAUGCUUAUUGCGCCUGAUAUGAACUUGAUUGUUGUGCGCGGCGGUGAGUAUGGCUCUAAACAUUCCGCGUACACCCAGCUGGAAAUGGCCAUGGACCGUUUCUUUGGCGGCAUCGACGCCAGUGAAAUGGAGCAUCCGCCACCACCCUCUAUGGUCGACACGUUCGAUGGUCAAAGUGUGAUGACUAACACCUCACUUGUUGGCGAGGAAAAUGGCUCACGCCCUGGUGGUUACGCACUCGUGAUUGACGGACAUGCCCUUUCGUUCGCAUUAAAUGAGCCACACAGUCGCGAGCUGUUGAUUCGCGUCUCGAAGAACUGUCGUGCGGUCAUUUGUUGCCGCGUGAGUCCCUUGCAAAAAGCCCUGAUCGUGCGCUUGGUCAAACAAGGCCUCAAUGGCAUUACUCUUGCGAUUGGCGAUGGUGCCAAUGAUGUGUCGAUGAUCCAGGCAGCACAUGUUGGAGUAGGUGUGGCUGGCGAAGAAGGAUUGCAAGCAGUCAAUUCGGCGGACUAUGCAAUUGGCCAGUUUUACUUUCUAAAGCGGCUGAUUCUCGUACACGGACACUGGUCGUAUUAUCGAAACAGCACCAUGGUGAAUGUGUUCUUCUACAAGCAAAUGGUACACACCGGUACGCUUUUCUGGUUCCAGAUCUACUGUGCGUGGUCAACGUCACAAGCAAUCGACUAUGUGUAUCUGCUGUUGUACAACGCCAUUUGGACCGUGGCGGCGGUGAUUGGAAUCGGCAUCUUUGACCGGAACGUGUCAGACCACGUCUUGAUGCAGGUACCUGAGCUUUAUGGCGUGUCACGUAAGCAGCAGUACUUCGGGAUGUGGCGCUUCUUGGGCUAUAUGCUCGAUGGCGUCUUUCAGUCUGUCGUACUGUUUUUCCUGUUGAUGUACUUCUACGACACAACGUCUACCCGAAUAGACGGCUACGAUAUUGAUUUGUACGAGCCGACGACAAACAUGGUAUUAUCCACCGUCCUUGCGGCCAAUCUGUACGCGGGCAUUGAAUCCAUGGCAUGGACAUGGUGGAUCUUUGGUGUUGUGUGGAUCCCGACGUUGCUUUUGUUUGUUUUCGAGCCCAUCUAUGCCGCCUUCCCACCCACUUUAAUUUGGACGCAUUCAUGGGGCAACAAUUAUUAUCUGUAUCGGUCGGCCCAAUUCUGGGUAGGUGGCAUUCUCACAGCUUUCCUUUCGAUCCUGCCCCGCAUCUUGUAUGAAUAUUUGCGCAUUCACUUCUUUCCCACGGAUGUGGACAUUUUGCAUUACAUCGACGCUCGCGAUCCAAACCACGACUACGUCCACGACCCACAAAUGCCUGGCUUGCGUGCGGCGCAAGCCUAUGAGUCUGAAGUCGAUGCAGAUGCGUCGCGUGCUCCGGUCGGCGAUACGUACCCGCUAAUGCCCACACAGAGCCGCACAAGCAGUAUUUACCACGACAUGAGCACUGGCGAAGCCCGACCGUACCGUGGGUACUCCUUCUCUGCGUCGGACAAGCCGGUGCCCAAGCCCAAAAAGGUCAUGCGUCGCCUCAAACAAAUUUUCAAGCCACAUGGAAAGCGCAAACACAGCGACUUUUCCUAUGUGCGUUCGAGUCAAACGCGUGACGACGAUAUUGUCGAGCGUAAGGAACCAUUGCAUGUCGAUGACGCCACUGACGUUGAUGGUAUGAAGCACCAGUCCUACCUCGAUGAUGGUGUCAUUUUUGCUGAAUCGUCGGGCGAUGAGCAGCACACACGAUUUCAUACUGCCUUUUCAGCUCCGCCCCCCUCCGACUUUCCGUAUGGCGGCUACCCUUCGCUUCAACAAGAGCAGCAGGGGCAUUUGCCUCAGGCACCUCCCCUGUUUGUUCCGGUCCAUGGACCAAUCCCUUCUUCCUCUGAGGCUUAUUAUACCGCCAUGGAGCACAAUGGAUCACGACAAGUUUAUCAGUAG